UCCUCUCUCAUCUGGAUCUGACAGAACAAUUGUUUUGGUGUUUUUAUGUUUACAGAUGAACAUCAAACUGUUGACAAAUAACAAUUUAAUAUUAUUUGUAAUUUUUUAAUUAAACAUGACAAGUUUAACUCAUGUUCAACGAGUUAGAAUACUCUACAAAACAAUAUUAAAACUUCAUCGAGGAUUGCCAAUUGAAAUGCAACCACUAGGAAAUGAUUAUUUACGUGAUGAAUUUAAGAGACAUAAAAGUUGCAAUCCAGCUGAAGCACAUGUUUUCAUGAAUGAAUGGGCGAAUUAUGCAUUAUCAUUGGCUGAACAACUUGGUUUACGUGGACCUAUUAAUGCCAAAAAACUUGGCAAACCUCUUCAAGAAGAGUAUUUACAAAAUAUGAAAGACGAACAAAUUCAUCAACUUUAUGAACUUAUGCUGGCUGCUAAUGGAAUAGAAGACGAUAAAAAAUUAAAUAAUAAUUCAUAA